CUGCUUAGAGAAAAAACAAAGCUAAAAAGGGGAGAUGAUAACAUUAACCUUAACAUGUUUCAUUAUAAGAAGGAUAAUAAAUGUGAUUAGAAUUAUAUACCCGAACUUGUUUAUAUAUGCAAUCUUCUUCAUCAAAUUCUAGUUCAUUCUUCUUCUUUUUCUUCGGCUUCUGGGAUGGCCUACUUUGGGGGUCUAACUGAGAAUCCACGGCGGUUCUCACGGUCAGAGGCUCCGCCUGGUGGCGGAGCAGUAAAGAAAGGGAUGAUUGAUUAUUCUGAGAGACAGAGCGGAGGGUCGGGUAAUAUGAUCACAGCAGCUGGUGAGAAUGGUACAACUGAUGAUCAAGACUGUGAAAGUGAGUUCGAAAUUUGUCCUAGGCAAGAGGGUCUUGAAGCAUUGGUUGAUGAGGCACCGCCAAAGUCAGCACCAUCUCGUAGUUCCUCAAAAAGAAACAGAGCAGCCGAGGUUCAUAAUUUGUCUGAAAAGAGGAGGAGGAGUAGGAUUAAUGAGAAAAUGAAAGCAUUGCAAAACCUGGUUCCAAAUGCCAACAAGACAGAUAAAGCUUCGAUGCUCGAUGAAGUUAUUGAAUACUUGAAGCACCUUCAGCUUCAAGUUCGGAUACUAUCAAUGAGAAAUGGAUUAAGCAUGCAUCCCAUGUGCUUGGCUGGAGUUCCGCAACCAGUCCAGUUUUCCCAAACAAGAAUCGACACGAAUGCGUCAUUCACGGUGCCAGCAACUCAAGAAACCCAGCCGCAGAUGGUUUUUGACAUACCAAACCAAUGCAGUUCCUCAAACCCUGAAUUGGUGCUCGACCUGCCAAACAUGAUUUCUUCAAAUACAUCGGUGGGACUGGAAUUUUGGAACCAAUCCGGGCCCAUGGACCAUUUCAGGUAAGACAAAUUACAUGAACUUGGUUAAAAUGGUAUAAAUGUUCAAACAGUACUCUUGAACUACCUGUUAAAACAUUUGUUUGAAUUAAACCUUUUGUUUUCUUUUUCCCUUUUUAUUGAGUAAUUGUUUUCUUCAUGUACGAAAUUAGGUAACUAAAAUAAUCUAUAAGCCAUGCCAGGUAGCUGGUAAUGUUUCUAA